ACCGGUCACCCCACCAGCACCGUCAGCACGCCCCAGCUGGGAUGUAGGGGUCGUUCUCAUGAUUUGCCGUCUGAUUGGAGCCCCGCCGGCCUCCCGUUCCAAAGGCGUUCCCGUCGUUCGUCGAGUUCGGUGAAAAAGGAGGCGACGUGAUGGAGGAGAUGGACAGAUUCCAAGUGCCCAAUGCCGCGCAGGAGGCGGACACGCAGGCUGAGAUGCAGCCGCUGGACCCGGCUUCCUCCACGGCCUCGGAAGCCGACUCAGACACUCGAGAGGGGGAACCCGUCACAAUCAACUACAAGCCGCCGCCCCUGCAGAUGAAAAUAGAGAAACAGCGAGAGCUGGCCAGGAAGAGCUCAUUGAAGAAUGGCAACAGUGUGGGCAGUCCAGUCAACAAUCAGCCUAAGAAGAACAAUGUGAUGGCCAGAACAAGGUUGGUAGUGCCCAAUAAAGGCUAUUCCUCAUUAGACCAGAGUCCUGAUGAGAAGCCCUUGGUUGCGUUAGACACAGACAGUGACGAUGACUUCGACAUGUCAAGAUACUCGUCGUCGGGAUACUCCUCUGCUGAGCAAAUAAACCAAGAUCUCAACAUCCAGCUACUGAAGGACGGUUACCGCUUGGAUGAGAUACCGGAUGACGAGGACCUGGAUCUGAUCCCGCCCAAAUCAGUCAACCCGACAUGCAUUUGCUGCCAGGCGACCCCCUCUGCCACCUGUCAAAUCCAGUAACCCUGCCGCCUCCGUUGCAGCAUAACCCCCAUGUCCAUCUUCUGCGUUUUCCUCGCUGUCGAUACUGUCGGCAGUCAGGCGUUGGUAGAAAAUAUAGUACCAAGUAAAAUGUGCUAAAAUAGGAAUUACCAUUCCAUUAAUUUAUAAUAUUUUUUUUUAAACUGUGAGAAGGAAAAGGGUGAAAAUAGUCAUUAUAUACUAGUCACAAAAUGUUUGGGAUUUGGGGAUUUCGGGUGAAAUUUCAUGAAUCUCUUCAAUUGAUCAACAGUAUCUCACCAUUGUGAGGCUUCUAACAGGCUGUUCUUUGAGGGAAGUAACAAUUGAACUCAAGCGUGUCAUCGGCAGGUUGUGACGAAGAUACAGGGAGACUGGAAGAGUCACAGAAAGGCACAGAUUUUUUUUUUAACACCUGUUGUGAAUUUUGCCAUUCAGCUCCUUGUUUGUGACCAAGCCAAUUGAACCUCACGCACAUAACCGACUCGCUGCAAUGGAAAAACCGCAACUGAAAAACUGUACACACACAAACUGCGGUGUACGUUUUGAAGAGCCACAUACAGUUUACUACGGCAAUAUUUUUUAUUGAACCACACACCCCAUGGUGUGAUUGUCAAGGAAGAAGCGGAUUCCCGACAACAAACCAAUUCCAAUGAAGUUGGGACGUUGUGUUAAACAUAAAUAAAAACUGAAUACAAUGAUUUGCAACUCAUGUUCAACCUAUAUUUAAUUGAAUACACUACAAAGACAAGAUAUUUCAUGUUCAAACUGAUAAACUUGAUUGUUUUUAGCAAAUAAUCAUUACACUUUGAAUUUUAUGGCUGUAACACAUUCCAAAAAAGCUGGGACAGGUGGCAAAAAAGACUGAGAAAGUUGAGGAAUGUUCAUCAAACACCUUUUUGGAACCUCCCACAGGUCUACAGGCUAAUUGGGAAGAGGUGGGGGCCAUGAUUGGGUCUAAAAGGAGCUUCCCUGAAUUGCUCAGUCAUUCACAAGCAAAGAUCGGGCGAGGUUCACCUCUUUGUGAACAAGUGCGUGAGAAAAUAGUCAAACAGUUUAAGGACAAUGUUCCUCAAUGUUCCUCAAAUAUAGGUCGAACAUGAUUUGCAAAUCAUUGUAUUCUGUUUUUAUUUAUGUUUAACACAACGUCCCAACUUCAUUGGAAUUGGGGUUGUAAUACAAAGAGAGGAAAAGAAGAGAGAUCGUGACUAUUUGAGAGGCUCUUGGGAAUUAUCGCCCCAUCUGCACUCGGGUAUUUUGGCGAAAGAGACUCCGUGGUUCACAUUUUAGCCACAAGUGCAUAUGAAAUUAUUAAUAUAUUUCAAGAAUUAUUGUAAAACACAAUGCAUACUGUAUUGGUUACGGCGUUGUUCGGAAA